AAUUAGGCAGCAUGAAAGAUAUAACCGUUAAGUUACAUGUCAAACCUGGUAGCAAGCCUGUGUUUAUGAAAGCUAGACCAGUACCAUACGCCAUCCGAUCCAAGGUAGAAGCUGACUUGGACGCCCUGGUCAAGAAUGGGGUUUUGGAGCCGGUGACCAUCAGUGAGUGGGCCACACCCAUCGUUCCCGUACCAAAAAAAGAUGGGGGAAUUCGGACCUGUGGAGAUUUCAAGGUAACAAUUAACCCGGUGUUAGCAGCAGAGCAAUAUCCACUUCCCCUAAUUGAUGACUUGUUUGCUGGACUGAGUGGGGGACAAAAAUUCAGUAAGGUAGAUCUCAGUCAGGCUUACCUACAAAUGCAUGUAGAAAAAGAGUCACGUGAAAUGUUGACCAUUAACACACACAAGGGUCUCUUCAGAUACUGCAGACUGCCGUUCGGCAUCACGUCAGCCCCGGCACUAUUUCAGCGAGCGAUGGAUCAGAUCCUUAGUGGGUUGCCUGGGGUACAGUGCUACCUUGACGAUAUCCUGUGCACUGGAUCUACCGAUGACGAGCACCUGCGCAACUUGGAUGCUACCCUUCAAAGGCUGAAGGACUACGGCUUAAGAGUCCGUAAGGACAAAUGUGACUUCUUCAAGCCAUCUGUGGAAUAUCUGGGGCAUGUGAUCGAUGCAGAAGGACUGCACACUGCACCAUCAAAAGUGGCAGCUGUCGUGGACGCGCCCCCACCCCAAAACAUCAGCCAGCUACGAUCUUUCUUAGGUCUGCUGAACUAUUACGGACGCUUCAUCUCCAAUCUGUCAUCACUGCUUCAACCCCUGCACGAACUGUUACGCCGAGACAAAACGUGGACGUGGACAGCCAGCUGUCAGGAGGCUUUUGAAAAGGCUAAAGGAGCGCUGACUACGUCCAAGGUCCUGACGCACUUCAACCCAUCACUUCCACUGCAGCUCGCCUGUGACGCCUCUCCUUACGGAGUAGGGGCGAUUCUCUCUCAUGUCCUGCCGGGUGGUGAGGAAAAGCCAAUCGCUUUUGCAUCGAGGACAUUGAACAAAACAGAGUCUAACUAUGCUCAACUGGAACGAGAGGCACUGAGCAUUGUUUUUGGAGUUAGGAAAUUCCAUCAAUACUUAUAUGGGAGGAAGUUUACGCUCCUGACGGACCAUCGGCCCCUCACCACCAUCCUCGGUCCACACACUGGAAUACCGUCUCUUGCUGCAUGCCGACUGCAGAGGUGGGCUUUGUUGUUGUCGGCGCAUGCAUAUGACAUCAGGUAUCGGAAAUCAGACUUCCACUGCAAUGCGGAUGGCUUGUCCCGUUUGCCCUUGCCUGUCACAAGGCCGGAGUCGGACACGGUGGACCUUUUCUACUUCAGGGAGGUGGAGAGAGCACCUGUCUCUGCGGUGCAGGUAAAAAGGGAAACUCGGAAUGACCCGGAGUUAUCUGCGGUCGUGGACAUUGUCGUCAAGGGUCGAUCUGCUGGCGAUAAUGCGAGUCUGAAGCCUUUCCUCGGGAGGAGAUUGCAACUGUCUGUCCAGUCUGGGUGUCUACUCUGGGGUAGGAGGGUGGUCAUACCACGGUCACUUCGCUCAAAAGUGCUGCAGCAACUGCAUUCGGGACACAGCGGAAUAGUCCGAAUGAAAGAAAUAGCGAGAAGCUAUUUUUGGUGGCCGAACAUGGAUCAACAAAUUGAAGAGUUGGCCAAAAGCUGUCCAUCAUGCCACCGAGUCAGGAACAAUCCUCCACUAGCGCCUCUUCACCCCUGGGAAUUCCCACAAGGACCAUGGCACCGGGUGCACAUUGAUUUUGCGGGACCAGUGGAGGACAGGAUGUUCCUUAUUGCUGUGGAUGCACACAGCAAAUGGCCAGAGGUGGCUAUCAUGAGAUCAACCACUGCAGAAAAGACUAUCGAAAAGUUAGGGGAACUGUUUAGUCGGUUUGGAUCUCCUGCCCAGCUAGUCUCUGACAAUGGACCCCAAUUUGUCUCACAAGAAAUGGCAGUGUUCCUGCAAGCUAACGGUGUCCAACACAUUAAGUCGGCCCCCUACCACCCCGCAACAAAUGGGCUUGCUGAGAGAUUUGUUCAAACCAUGAAGCAUGCCUUGAAAACAUCACAAGGACAAGGAACACUACAUCAGAGACUGCACCACUUCCUACUAACCUAUCGGAACAGUCCACAUGCCACCACCAAGACAUCUCCUGCUAGCCUGAUGCUAAAGAGAGACCUGCGCACCACGUUUGACCUCUUGAAGCCCUCAGCAAUGAAGGACAUUGUCCAAGGUCAGCAGGAAAAACAGGUUAGGUGCAGAGGACAGAAGGGCAAAGGAAGAGUUUUCAAGCCAGGAGACUCUGUGUUGGCAAGGAACUACCGUGGCGAACCAAAGUGGAUUCCUGCCACUGUUAUUGCGCAAACGGGACCAGUAUCUUAUACUGUCCAAACGUCUGAUGGUGUAUGGAGAAGACAUGUUGAUCAACUCCUGCAGACUCAGUUAGGGCCAGCAGAGCUGUCCCUCAAAGAUUUUCCUGAUAGCUCUGCCCACGUCAAAACGCCGGUUCCCAUACCCUCCCAAGUGCAGGACUCAAUCACACUCGCGCCACCAGUCCCAGCUGAGGAUGCGCAUGAGACAGAGACUCUGACAUCUCCCUUUGCAGAAGCUCCUGCAACAAGUUCACCAUUGAUCGACCGUGGAGCUGAUCCUGUGCCCCCAGAUAGGAGAUAUCCUAUCAGAGAGCGGCGAGCUCCUGCGCGCUUGGACUUAUAGGUUCGCGGUUGACCCGAGUUAUGGGGAUGUCUAGUUCUAGGUGCGUAAUUCCGUGUUGUUCAUGCAUGUUCAUUGUAAGGGGGGAGGAGAUGUUGUAUAUUUUGGGCUAACGCAUGUUCCGUAGUGGGAAAACUCCGGGAGUGGGAGGGGCAGCU